GUGACAGUUCCUCACAACUCUUGAAGUCUGAGAUUAAAUAUGUCAUUAUUAUUAUUAUUAUUAUAAUAUCUGUGUAAUUAUUAAUUAUUAGUUUAUAAUGGCAACUGCAACAGCAACUAAACCUCAAGAUUUACCACCAGAAGGAGGCUACAAACCCAUUAAUUUCAAGAGGGUCCCUGCGAAAACAUUCUUUUCUGGUAUCACUUGUUUCGGCAUAUUAGCCGGAGUAACAUGUGCCAGUUGCUACCUCUACCUCCAAAAUUGGAAGGAUGUCCGUAGAGAAAAACUAGAAAUGCGAUCAGGACGAAUUGCCCUGCACCCUUUGCUCCUGGCCGAAAGGGACCGCGAGUACUUGAAACAAAUCAGACGAAACCGGGACGAAGAGGCCAGAUUGAUGGCAAAUGUUAAAGGAUGGGAGGUCGGUAAAUUAUACAACGAGCCUGUGUACAAAACUGUGCCGAAAGACGCAUUUGUGCAGCCUUCGUUCACAGAAUUCUACAUCCAUGCCGACUAUGCUGCUAAAGCUGACCGCAACGACUUGCAAUUCUGGCAUUAAUAUAAUGUAGAAAUAUCUAUAGCAAAGUUGUAGAUAAUUUUAUUAUUAAAUAAACGUAUUUUAGUCCAACGUCAAAAAGAAA